ACCCUGGAUACAAUUCCUAUGAAUGCGUGGGCGUUGCUGUCUGGCCCUCUUGGACAGUUUUUAUUGGGGAUAAUUCUUUUGCUAACCUCCAAAUCGGCAGCACAUAGUAUUAAGGCUUAGAUUUAAAUUGCAUUAAUUUUUUUUUUUUAUUAAAAAAAAGUUAGGCUCCCAAAACUUGACUACAUUAUUCAAACAAUUUACAUUGUUAUUGAAAUCAGAAACACUCUUAAUGAUACCAACAAGCAGUUUUAUUAUCAUAGAGAAACAAAAAAGACAAGCUUUUUUCUUAAUUUAAGAAAUACAUGAUGUGAUGCAUGAGCAGACAAAAAAAUAUAAUAAAAAAUAUAUCGAUUUUGAUACGAAUUUGAUACCUGAAAAUAAAUAUCAAAAGCCGAUAUAUCGCAGGAAAAAUAUCGUUUAUUCAUAUCGUUUUUUUUUUCAGAAAAACAUCGAUAUUUUGAUAUAUCGAUAGUUUUUGCCCAAUCCUAACGUGCGGGGUUUUGUGUUCUUAUUAUUAUAAAAACACAGAUAAAUACGUAAAACAAAAAUAAAUUGCUUCCAACUUCCGUUAUAUUGCUUAGUUGUAAAAGGAGCAGACGUAAUGGUUUCCAGUGAAGAAGAAUCUGAUGUCAAAAUCGCAGAUUCUGUAGAAUGGGAUGUGGACAUGGAGAUACAAUUAUUUUACGCUAUGGCAAAUCACAAGCCGGUCGGAAUAAACAAACAUUUUCACAUGGCCUGUAUAUGGGAGAAGCUUUCAAACUCUAUCACUAAGGAGAUAUCUACCCAAGAUAUCUGGAAACACUUAGAAACAUUAUAUGAUAUAUCAAUGUUAGAUGAUACAGAACCAAUUCCCUUCCCAAAUCAUGAAGUGCCAUUUAGUUUACCUGAGAGUGAAUUUGGCGUGUUAAUAAAACAAAAAUGUAAAGAAUCAAUAAUAAAUGACGAUAACGAAGAUGAGCGGAGCCUGUCACCUAAGCCCUCGACCCCUAAAAGCAGUUCUAGGGGCUUCGCAUCUAAAGAUAUGACACCAAAAGGAUCGAGUCGUAAAGAUAGUAUUGGUGCAGUUGCUACAAAAAGUCGUAAAGAGAGUGGAAGCUCUCAUGCCUCAACUGAUACACCGAGUAUUAAAUCUGAAAAAGAUUAUGACAGAAGAAGAGAUUCUAGAGAUUCAAAUGCCUCUGGCACUAGAGAUAGCUCCACCAGUAGGAAAUCAACUUCGCAAAGAGAUAAGACACCAAAGGCAAAAGUGGGCUCUGUAUCAGUUUGGGAUUCCCCUUUAAUAGACGAAGAUAGUAUAGCACGUCGUGGCAGAAGACGAGCUAACACCUCUACCCCACCAGCAACUACCCCUGCGAAACGGCGCAGAACUUGACACACGCCUGCCCAUACCUAUCACCAUUUCUUCUGACACCCGCAGUAUCCCUGGUCAGGAUCAGGGGCUAGUCGUGACAGAAAUCACUACAGUAAUACGUAUUUCACGCAUAGAAAGUACAGAUAAAAAAUAUGGUUAAGAGAUUGCAUACUGACAGAUAUUACGAACUUUGUUAAAAGUUUGUAUUAUAAAGUUAUAACAAUUAUAAUUAUUAAAGAUAAUUAUUAGUGAUUUUAAAAUU